CUCCUUUUCUUUUUUAUUUUUUUAGUUCUCCCACUUCCCUCCUGCCUUUCUUUCCUUUCUCUCUUUUCCUUUCCUUCCUUCUUUCUUUCUUUCUUUCCUUCUUAGUCCUUUCACAUGACCUUUCCCAUUCUCUCAACAAAUUUACAGGUUCAAAUGCCACUUCUUCAAUGUACUCAUUGAAAUCAUAAUCAUUAACCUUCACUCACAUUUAAUCUAAUGUGUAAAAGCUGAACUAAAACCCAGUUGGUACUUAAUGCUAUCACUAUCACUUUACUGCAAUUGAAUCUCUUGUUAUUAAUCAGACAUACAUUUGUUGUUUCUAGGGUUUUGAUCCUUUUUCUUGUUUGUUUCAUGAAAAAAAAACCCAGGAUUCAGAGGAAAGGAACUGAUGUUACUUUACAUGGGGUUUUCAUAACUGAUGUUUUUUUUUUUGCUAUGUUCAAUCUUAAGUUUUUAUUUUGAAGGCAGUUGAUUUGGGUUUUUUUGACGAAGUGGGUUUGAAGCUAAUUUGAGAUCUUGUUUAAUUUUGUGAAAUUCGGGUGGGAAUUGAACUGGGUUUUAUGUGGGGUUUUGAUUGAGCUUCCAAUUGGGUAAUUUGAAUAGAGAAGACCGUUAAAUUGCUGAGCUUCAAACAUGCAUUUUGGAAAGCUUGAUGAUUCUCCUAUGUUCCGCCAACAGCUGCAGUGCUUGGAGGAGAGUGCUGAGUCAUUGAGGGAGAGAUGCCAAAAAUUCUACAAAGGAUGUCGAAAAUACACUGAAGGGCUUGGUGAGGCAUAUGAUGGAGACAUCGCAUUUGCUAGUGCUUUAGAAACUUUUGGUGGAGGUCAUAAUGAUCCAAUAAGUGUUGCCUUUGGUGGUCCUGUUAUGACAAAAUUUACUAUUGCAUUAAGAGAGAUUGGGACUUAUAAAGAAGUUCUUCGUUCUCAGGUUGAACACAUCCUUAAUGAUCGGCUGUUACAAUUUGUCAGUAUUGAUCUGCACGAAGUGAAGGAAACACGCAGGCGCUUUGACAAGGCGAGUCUAACAUAUGACCAGGCUCGUGAGAAGUUCCUGUCACUUAGGAAGGGAACAAAAAGUGAUGUUGCUACUGUCUUGGAGGAGGAGCUGUAUCAGGCAAGAACUGCAUUUGAGCAAGCUCGCUUCAGUCUGGUGACUACUCUUUCUAACAUUGAAGCAAAAAAGAAAUUUGAAUUCCUUGAAGCAGUUAGUGGGACCAUGGAUGCACAUCUACGUUACUUCAAGCAGGGUUAUGAACUGUUGCAUCAGAUGGAACCGUACAUAAAUCAGGUCUUGACCUAUGCUCAACAAUCAAGAGAAAGGUCCAAUUAUGAGCAAGCAGCUCUUAGUGAAAGAAUGCAAGAGUACAAAAGACAAAUUGACCGAGAGAGUAAAUGGUGCUCUAAUGGAUCUAAUGGGUCGCCAAAUGGUGAUGGUAUACAAGCCAUUGGUAGAAGUUCACAUAAAACAAUAGAGGCAGUUAUGCAAUCUGCUGCAAAGGGAAAGGUACAAACCAUAAGACAGGGUUAUCUUUCAAAGCGAUCAUCUAACUUGAGAGGUGAUUGGAAGAGAAGAUUUUUUGUCCUUGAUAGUCGAGGAAUGCUUUACUACUACAGAAAGGAGUGUAGCAAACCAUCUGGCGCUGGGCCACGUAGUUCUGGUCAAAGGAACAGCUCUGAACUUGGCUCUGGAUUGCUAAGUCGUUGGCUUUCUUCACACUAUCAUGGUGGGGUGCAUGAUGAGAAAUCUGUUGCCCAUCAUACAGUCAAUCUGCUUACUGCAACAAUUAAAGUUGAUGCUGACCAGUCAGAUCUACGUUUCUGCUUCAGGAUAAUUUCACCAACAAAAAAUUACACCUUACAGGCGGAGAGUGCUUUGGAUCAAAUGGAUUGGAUUGAGAAAAUAACUGGUGUCAUUGCUUCAUUGCUAAGCUCUCAAACUCCAGAAAGAUGUCUUUCUGCUAGUACCAUGGGAAGUCUUCAUCGAUCUACUAGUGAGAGCAGCUCUGUUGAAAGUUGUGAUUUUGAUCAUACUGCAAAUGAAGAGAGCACAUCUGAUAGGUGCCUCACUGCUGUGCAUCAUGACCGGUCAUCGAGAGGUUCACUGCAUCAACGAUCAUUUAUGAAGUCUGAAAAGCCAAUAGAUCUGCUGAGGAGGGUUGGUGGUAAUGAAAAAUGUGCCGAUUGUGGUGCUCCCGAACCUGAUUGGGCAUCCUUGAAUCUUGGGUUACUAGUCUGCAUUGAAUGUUCUGGUGUUCAUCGCAACCUUGGUGUUCACAUAUCGAAGGUGAGAUCACUUACACUUGAUGUUAAAGUGUGGGAGCCCUCGGUUAUAUCAUUGUUUCAGUCUUUAGGAAAUACCUUCUCAAAUUCGGUAUGGGAAGAACUAUUGCGAUCGAAAGGUGCUUUUCAUGUUGAUCUAUCAGCUGUAAGCUCAUUGAAGGCAGAUAAGUCACAACAGCUUUUCAUUAGCAAACCUAGUGCUGCUGAUUCAAUAGCAAUAAAGGAAAAGUUUAUUCAUGCAAAGUAUGCAGAAAAGCUUUUUGUUCGGAAGCCAAAGGACACGCAACAUCUUCAGUUAUUGGCUCAACAGAUCUGGGAAGGUGUCCGUAAUAAUGACAAAAAAGCAGUUUAUAGAUAUAUUGUAAACUUUGAAGCUGACGUUAAUGCUGCGUAUGAGUUAGCGUCCUCAAGCUCCUCGCUAACUCUUGCAAAAGUGAUGCGAUUACCAGACCAGACGGGUCAAGGAUCUAACACUAAUCAGUGGACUGGGGACCUUACAUGCAAAUCCUCUGAGAGUUUAUCUAACGUAUCGGCUGAGAAUGAAUUACUGAGCAUGGAGGACCUAGAUGGAUGCUCCUUGCUCCACCUUGCAUGUGAAUAUGCUGACAUAGGCAUGUUGGAGCUCCUUCUACAGUAUGGUGCAAAUGUAAAUGCAUCCGACUCUAGAGGUCAGACACCACUUCAUCGAUCUAUUUUGAAAAGAAAGGCAUCGGCCGCAAGAUUGCUUCUCUUAAGGGGUGCAGAUCCGCAGGCUGUGGAUGGAGAAGGAAGAAACCCUCUUGAUAUGGCCUUUGAAUCAAAUUUCAAAGAUCCCGAGGUACUUUCCUAUUUGUCCGACUCCACAAGAUAAAAGUCACUCAAGCAGAAUUUUGAUAGUUGUUGUGCUGUAAUAUAUAUUUUGAUGCUGGUGAUGCUGUGUCCAUUAAUAGGUUAGAUUUGAAUUUUUUUUUUUGUAUAUUUUCGUUUUGUUUGUGAAUCGUGAUUGGAGUAUGUUUGAAACAAUUUGAGUGCGAAACAGUUGCUGGAUCGUGUCAAAAGAUAUCAAGUUAGUCCUAGGUGGUUGUGUGUACAUUAUUUUACUUCUAGAGAAGUAGCUUGGCAGUCUUGCUUCCCGGUAUGUAGCUUGAGAUUGAAAGAAAAAAAAGUAUUAAAAGAACAGUCAAUGAAAAGUGAGCAAUUUGAUGUACUAUACUGCCUUGUAUUCUUCUAAUAGAUAGAUACAUAUUAUACUUUGUGUCUGAAGCUAGAGGCGAUCCUGCUUGAGAUCCAUUUUUGGGCUGUUAUGUCGAGUGCCUCCAAUUUUCAAGUGCGGGCUUGGAUGGACUAGCUCAUUUGGGUCAUCGUUGGCGAUUGCCUUUAUUAUGAUCACCACUUGGCUCUUUGAUCAUAUUCCAAGUUUUCGGUUCAACUCUGGCCAAGUUAGUUGCAGAUUGCACCAACCCGUGACCUUUUCGAAGCAUACUCCUGAAAUAUGUUACAUAUGUACUCCUAUAUCACAACCCAUGCUUGCCCGAGGAUCGGAUUUAGUUCUUGACUUCACACUAUACAUAUAGAACAAUGAUCUAGCAAUUGGUCCAUUCACACACACUUCUUCAAAGAUGUUAGUCAGUAAUAGAUGAAGAAGCUAGAGUUAUAAUCAGUAAAGUUACAUAAACCAAAAGAUUCUAUGGAAGGCAAAGUUAGAAAAGGCAAAAAUUAAGAAUAUCGAAUGUAUGAGCUAGUUAGCGAGGUGUAGGAGACAUGGUACGACUCGAAAGCGCUGCACUCAUUUUCUCCAAAGAAGGCGUUUUAGCAAAAGUAGAAGCACCCGUGUCCAUCAUAGUCAAGCACUCUUUGAGUUCGGAAACAAUUUGAGCCAUAUUAGGCCUUUCUGCUGCUUCUAAAUGAAUACACCUUACAGCUAGCUCUACUGUUUUCCAAACAGUCGUACAAUUGUUGCUUAUGUCUUGUCUCAGACUCGGGUCUAGUAUGCUAACUAUAUCUCCUCUUUCGAGUAUGCUCCUAACCCAUUGACCCAAAUUCAUGACUCGGUUAACUAUCGCUGUUCUGCCUGUGAUCAGCUCGAGUAGAACUACCCCGAAGCUGUAAAUAUCCCCUUUUUCACUCACAUUUCCUGUCAAAUUGUACCUGCAACGAUUCGUCUCUUGUUAAGGUUAUAUAAAGUAUUGCCUGAUUAUGUUGAAGGAAAGAGUUCAGUGAUUGUUCACUUACUGAGGAUCAAGAUAACCCAGAGUCCCGACAACUCGGGAUUGUAGAUUUGAUACAUAUUCAGCGGGGAAGAUUUUGGAAAACCCGAAAUCAGAUAACAUUGCUCUGAAAUCUUUGUUUAGGAGUAUAUUGGCUGGUUUUACAUCUCUGUGAACUAUUGGAGGACUGCAGCCAUUAUGCAAGUAAUCUAGUCCUGAAAUGCAAAAUUUGACCCAAUAUAAACAACAUUUUUCAGAAAAAAUAAUGAUCCACUGUAAUUUACAUCCAACCUAUUCAAACAUCUCAGACCUUGAGCCGUGUCGAUUGCUAUUUCGACUCUCUUUCUCCAGCUUAAUUCAUUGGAAUAUUCUGUUCACCAAUAAAUUUAACAACCCAUUAUAAUCAAAUAUAGAGGUGGAACUAGACCUGACAAAACAUUCAGCCAAAUAGAUUUCAAGUUGAGUUAUUUUCGAGCCGUCAUGUUAAGUUCAAGUUAACCCGACAAAGAGACCGAUAUAUAACAAAACUAAUUGUAACUUAGAAGUAGAAAAACACUUGUACAAAGUCUCACCAUUCAGAAGAGCUUUCAAGUCUCCUCUAGCCAUGUACUCAU